AUUAGCAUUUUUGCAACGAGUUUAACCACCCUGGUUGAAAACUUGAUAUAGAUACAAACGCUAAAUUGUCCGGUGGUGAUAACUUAUUGAUUAUUUAUUUUUCAAGGCAGGUAUCUGAAAGGGAUAUCGCAGAAAGAGAAACAGAAACAGUAGCAAUAGAUGUCUAGCAUGGGUGAUCAGCGCGGGACAAGGGUGUAUGUCGGCAAUCUGACCGACAAAGUGAAAAAGGACGAUCUGGAGGGGGAGUUCACAAAGUACGGCAAGCUGAAUUCGGUUUGGAUAGCAUUCAACCCCCCGGGCUUUGCGUUUGUGGAGUUCGAGCACCGCGACGACGCCGAAAAGGCGUGCGACAUACUGAACGGAUCGGAGCUCCUCGGCUCCCAGCUGCGCGUGGAGAUAUCGAAGGGGCGUCCGCGCCAGGGUAGGCGUGGCGGGCCGGCCGAAAGGGGCCGGCGCGGCGAUUUCGGCCGGCACAGCAUCACGAGCAGUGGCAGCGGCGGAGGGGGAUUCCGGCAGCGCGGAUCCAGCGGAUCCUCGAGUCGUCACACGGAGAGGGGCUACAGCUCCGGCCGAUCCGGGGCCAGCAGCUACAAUGGACGCGACGGCGGAAGCGGCUUCAAUCGCCGCGAGGUGUACGGCGGUGGACGCGACAGCAGCCGCUACAGCAGCGGUAGCAGCGCCAGCUACGGACGCACUGGCGGACAAUCAGCUGGACGCUUCCGGUCCCGCUCGCCGGUUGGAAACCAUCGAUUCUAAUGACAACACCCCUCAUAGUGGCCUAUGAGUAAAGAUUAAUAAAUAAUAACUUAAGUGCGACCGAAAAAA